AUGUUCUCGCCUGAACUCGCUUUGCUCGCGGGCAUCGCGAUCUUCUCUGCUUACUGCGUCUCGUUCAUGCGCGACACAAAGGCCCCCUGCCCCCUGGUCCACCCGGCAUUCCCCUACUCGGCAAUCUGUUUCAGCUGGACGCUCUACGCCCACAUCCCACGGUAUUACUACAAGUGGGCGGCCAAGUAUGGCCCAAUUUUCUCUAUCAAGCUCGGCCUACAGCGGCUCAUCGUGCUAAGCUCUGCCGAGGUGGCGGAUGAGCUUCUCGUCACGCGCAGCAAGCUAUAUUCCAGCCGCCCCGAUAUGCAUGUUGCGAGUGGCCUCGUGAGUGACGGUCAACGGAUGGUCUUAAUGUCAAACAACAGGGAGUUCAAGAUUGCUAGGCGAACAGUAUCAGGCAUACUUUCGCCUGCGCCCUCCAGGAAGUGGCGCAAUAUGCAGGAUUUCGAAUCACGCGUCAUACUGCAAGAUCUGCUCGAUCACGCCGAUACCAGUAUUACCGAGACUUUCACUGAGGGCCCAAAUGGCAAAGUCCCAGAGCGGCACUGGUACUCGAUCUUCAGAAGAUACACUACGAGCGUUGUGAUGCUACUCUCGUAUGGCAUGCGAAUGAACCGCAUUCUUGACAAUCCGGACCUGCACAAAGUCUACGAGGUCAUGUCAAACUUUGCCCACGUUUCCGAACCAGGCAGCUUCCUUGCGGAUGCGUUCCCCAUCUUGCGAUGGCUGCCCGACAUACUGGCUCCAUGGCGCAAGGAAGGCCGCCGGAUGCACGAAACGGAGAUGGGGCUGUGGGGCAAACUGCUCAAAGAGUGCAACGAGGACGUAACGAAGGGGGCUGCACGCACAGGAUUUGUACCGGAUUAUCUCCGCGCGCGUGCAGAGGCCGGACUUGGCGAGCUCCCAGGAAAUGGUGCCACAGACGAUGGUGGUUGGAUGCGCGACAAGUUCCUCGCGUAUACGGCCGCCUCGGUACUCGAAGCAGGUUCGGACACGAGCUCGACUGCGAUGUUCAUAUUCAUCUUGUUCAUGCUGAACAAUCCGAAUGCGCUGCGCCGCGCCCAGGAGGAGAUGGACAGGGUUGUAGGACUAGAUCGGAUGCCUGGCUGGGAGGACGAGGAUAGGCUGCCCUGGCUUGUCGCCUGCAUCAAGGAGACCCUCCGUAUUCGACCGCCGAUUGCCUCGGUUCCUCAUGCGGUCGAAGAGGAGGAUGUCUACAAGGGUUACUUCAUUCCCACAGGCUCAAUAGUGGUCGGUAACAUCCACGGGAUUCAUAUGGACCCUGCACGGUACCCCGAUCCUUUCGCGUUCAACCCCGAGCGGUUCUACAACGCGGAUAAGGGGCUGCAGUGCAACAGCGGCCCAGAUUCUCAGAAUCGUUCCAACUAUAUGUUCGGGUGGGGUCGACGAUUCUGUCUGGGUAAACAUGUGGCAGAGGCGUCGAUCUUCAUCGUGCUCUCGAGGCUGGUAUGGGGCAUCGACUUCUAUGCACCGGUGGACACCCACACGGGAAACCCUAUCCUUCCGGAUGCGCUCGACGAGAUGGUGUACUGGGACGGGGCGGUGAGCCCGCCGAAGAUCUUUCCGGUAGGCUUCAAGCCUCGUUCUGAGAAGCAUGCCGAGGUCAUCCGGAGGUCGUACGAGGAUCUGCAGGAGGAGUGGCGUGCAACAGGUCUGCCUGUUGAUGUGCGUUGA